GUGCUGUUACGUUAUAUGUUUGCAAAUAAUGGCGUCGUUCCAUUUUAAAACUGCUAACACUUAAAGCGGCGGCAGUGCUAACACAGCUUCGGCAGCGCGCGAGAGAGAAGAGAGCCACCCCUCUACCUGGAGAGGAAGCCAGGGACCGGGGGCAGCCAUGGCAGCGAACAUGUACCGGGUUGGAGAUUAUGUUUAUUUUGAGAACUCAUCCAGUAACCCACUGCUGAUCCGGAGGAUAGAGGAGUUGAACAAGACAGCCAAUGGGAACGUGGAGGCCAAAGUGGUGUGUUUUUACCGGCGGAGGGACAUCUCCAGCACACUCAUCGCUCUGGCAGACAAACACGCAAGGGAGUUGGAGGAGGAGAUGGAGAAUCCAGAGAUGGCAGAUCUCCCUGAGAAACAGAAACACCAGCUCAGACACAGAGAGCUGUUCCUGUCCCGCCAGCUGGAGUCCUUACCAGCCACACACAUCAGAGGAAAGUGCUGUGUGACGCUGCUGAAUGAAACAGAAGCCCUGAAGUCAUACCUGGACAGAGAGGAUGCCUUCUUCUACUCACUGGUGUAUGACCCCCAGCAGAAGACCCUGCUGGCCGAUAAGGGGGAGAUCCGCGUAGGCAACAAAUACCAGGCUGACAUCACCGACCUCCUGAACGAAGGUGAGGAGGACACCAGGGACCUGGAGAAACUAGAGGAGAAAGUCUGGGACCCCAACAGCUCACUAACGGAGAAGCAAAUUGACCAGUUUUUAGUAGUAGCCCGGUCAGUAGGUACAUUUGCCAGAGCUUUGGACUGCAGUAGUUCUGUCCGACAGCCGAGCCUCCAUAUGAGUGCUGCUGCAGCCUCCAGAGACAUCACCUUGUUUCAUGCUAUGGACACCCUCCAUGCCACAGGCUAUGACAUGACUCGAGCCAUCGCAGCGCUGGUGCCUCAGGGUGGGCCUGUGCUCUGCAGGGAUGAAAUGGAGGAAUGGAGCGCCUCAGAGGCCAACCUGUUCGAAGAGGCGCUUGAAAAAUACGGCAAAGACUUCUCUGAUAUCCAACAGGAUUUUUUGCCCUGGAAGUCACUGACGAGUAUAAUUGAGUAUUACUACAUGUGGAAGACCACAGAUAGAUACGUACAGCAGAAACGAUUAAAAGCAGCUGAGGCGGAGAGUAAGCUCAAGCAGGUCUACAUCCCCAACUAUAACAAGCCAAACCCUAACCAGCUGAGUAACAAUGUAAAGCCGGCUCUUUUAAAUGGAGCAGCGGGUGCAGGCGUCCCAGGACAACCAGGCUCAGGGCAGACCCCCGGCCUGGGCAGAGCCUGUGAAAGCUGCUACACCAGCAGCUCCUACCAGUGGUAUUCCUGGGGACCUCCCAACAUGCAGUGUCGACUGUGUGCUUCAUGUUGGACCUACUGGAAGAAGUACGGAGGGCUGAAGAUGCCCACAAGACUGGAUGGAGAGAGACCGGGACCCAACCGCAACAGCACGAGCCCCCACGGUUUGCCCCUGCGGCACAGCGGCAGCCCUAAGUUUGCAGUAAAGACCAGACAGGCUUUUUACCUGCAGACCACCACCCUUACACGGAUGGCACGUCGACUCUGCCAGGAUAUCAUCCGACCUCGAUAUCUGGCCAGGCACCCCUACCUCCCUGUCAACACAGCAGCCAUCAAAGCAGAGUGUGCCCUGCGAUUAACAGAGAGGCCAAAAAAGCCUGUGCCACUGAAGCCUGUGGAGCGAAAACCUCUGGAGUCUGUGGUUCGGUACUUGGAAGCACAUCCCCGUCCACCCAAGCCUGAUCCGCCGAUUCGUGGAGCCACCAUCUCUACAGGCAGCUUGACCCCCAUAAAGUCUACUCCCAUCCUUAACAAUGGCUCACCCACCAUCCUGGGCAAACGCACUUAUGAACAGCACAAUGGACUGGAUGGUACCAAAUCUAAAGCCCUAACUCCACAGUGGGAUAUUAUGGCCAAACGUGUUAGUGAUGCAGGGCGAGCUUCUGCCUCGCUGCAGGAUGAGGUACAUGAACUGGACUGAACGGUCUCUGUGGGAACAAUCUCUACUGCAAGCCCCAGUGAGCAGAGAGAAACCUGAAACGGAGAUGGAUUUUUCCACUAAACCAUAGCUGAGGGCAGCUGAGGGGAGACGACCGCAUUGGCCACUUUUCUUCAGUCAGCACAGAUCUGUCGUGCUGCUGGAGACCAGUCGAUCUGUUAGGCUGGGGUCUAUCAGAGGAUGAGCCUGACUGUACAGGACUGUGUUUAUCACUUACAUUUGUUGUUAUUACUGUCUUUGUAAUUAUUGUUAUUGUUAUUAUAAUCAUUUCUUUUUUUUUUUUUACCAAGUAUAACUCAGCUUAUUGUUUGUCGAUCAAACGAUGAAACUUGUGAAGUUUCAUGAAAAAUGCUUGCAAAAACCCCGUGGAAAAGGGAGGAAGGAAAGUAACAUAAGCCACUUGCAUCUUCUGUGUUUUACUUUUGAAAUGAGUUCAAGUCAGAAAGGAGACGCACUUUUCUGUUGGCGACAUGACUUCUUGUCUUAUGUUUCUUUGAAUCUGAAUGCUUUACUGGAAAUAUUUCUUUUCUGUCGUGUGAGCCGACCCUGUUCUUCGGCCAGAGAGGUUUAACUUAUUGAGAAAGACUUGGUGUUUUUUCUACCUUUUUCACAAUUAAUGCAUCUAUGCUUCGGUAAUGGAAUUAAAAAAAAAACAUAGAAUUUUUUUCCCCUCUUAUUUUGGCGUCUGUUCACAGAGGUGAAAGGUGUGAAAACUUGCACUGAAUGUUCUAUUUUCCAGCUGGUGUCGGCCUGUUUUUCUAACUACACACAGGUAUGCAAACAGGGUAUAUGCAAAUCAAUGGAAACUUUUCAUUCCUAAUGGCUUUAUAUGUUAUCAGUAUUAGAACAGACUUAAUGCACAAACAAUAACUUGUUUUGUAAGCAAACAUGUGAAAACAACUAAAAAGCAGGAAUGCAUUCUGCUUUCAUGUCCA